CCUCCUUGGCCCAGUUCACACGCUCAUUGCCGAGUUGCUCUUCCCUUCUUCCCGAAUACACUACCAGAGAGAAGCAAGAGGAACCCAACUGCCUCCCCGCGCAUCUCUAGUCUCUCCCCCAAGUCAGGCAAGGCGGAGGCGCCGUCUCGUCUCCUCUUUCCCCCACCGGCGGCGCUUCUACCGUCAGAUCAGUCAGGUGAACUAGGAUCCCCUGCCCUCCCUCUGAGUCUGCAAACAAUGGCCAGCGGCGGCACCAGCAUCAGGAGGUAUGUCGGCGCCAUCAAGGACUCCACCACCGUCGGCAUCGCAAAAGUAAACAGCGAUUAUAAGCGAAUGGACAUCGCCAUUGUCAGGGCCACCAACCAUGCCGAGAGUCCCGCAAAGGAGAAGUACAUAAGAGAUAUUUUUGGGCAUCUUUCUGCUGGGAGGGCUCGCGCAGACGUGGCCUACUGCAUCCGCGCCCUUGCUAGACGUCUUUCCAAGACACGCAACUGGGCGGUUGCACUGAAGACAUUAAUUGUCAUACACCGUGCCCUUCGUGAGGUUGAUCCAUCUUUCCGUGACGAGCUCAUAAGCUAUGGAAGAUCUAGUGGCCAUAUGCUUCAUAUGUCCUAUUUCAAGGAUGACUCUAGCUCUGAAGCUUGGGAUCAUUCUGCAUGGGUGCGCAAUUAUGCUUUAUUUUUAGAAGAGAGGCUUGAGUCUUACCGUGUACUGAAAUAUGACGUCGAAGUGGAUCCAUUGAGAACUAAAGAUCUUGAUACAACUGGUUUGCUUGAACAACUUCCAGCAUUGGAGCAGCUUCUUUUUCGGCUACUCGGUUGCCAGCCACAUGGGUCAUCAUCUUAUAACACCAUAAUCCAACAUGCCCUUUCAAUGGUUGCUCUGGAGAGUGUUCGGAUCCAUACAGCUAUCAAUGAUGGUAUACUCAAUCUGGUUGACAAGUUCUUUGAGAUGCAAAGGGAUGAUGCUAUUAGGGCCCUUGACAUAUUCAAAAGAGCAAUCAAUCAGGCAGGGCAACUUUCAGAAUUUUAUGAGGUGUGUAAAACCAUGCAUAUUGGGCGUGGUGAGAAAUUGUUAAGAAUCGAACAGCCUCCUACAUCAUUCUUACAAACUAUGGAAGAGUAUGUGAGAGAAGCUCCCCUUGCUUCAAGAAAUCAGGCUGUACUAGCAAUAGAGUACAGAAAAAAACCAGAAGAUGAAGAAGCAUCAACUUCACCUCCUCCCCCAGUAUCAACUUCAGUAAAAGAACCUGAACCAGAGCCGGUUAAAGAAGGCGCACCCAGACCUGAGCUGGUUAAAGAAGUCGCACCCAGACAAGAGCCGGUGGAUUUGCUGGGAAUGGAUGAACCAAUUCCUGAAAUUUCUGACCUAGAUCAAAAGAAUGCCUUGGCCUUAGCAAUUGUUCAACCAGAUAUAGCACCUAAGGCUAGUUCAGAAAACGUCACCACUAGCUGGGAGUUGGCACUCGUCACCGCACCCAGUUCAAAUAACAGUGCCACUACCUCAAGCAAAAUGUCUGGUGGACUGGACUUGCUCACCCUCGACAGCCUAUACAACGACGCGCACCGACAAGCGCAGCAGAAUGCGAGCUACGACCCAUGGCAACAACAACCGACACCCAUGUCGUCGGCUCCCAUGACCAUGAUGCAGCAGCAGCAGCCGAUGCACAACCCAUUCUACGCAUCGGCGCAGCAGCAGCAAGCCUACAUGCAACAGCAACAGCAGGCCUUCAUGCUCCAGCAGCAGCACCAGUACCAGCAGCAGUACCAACAAAUGAUGAUGAUGGCUGGGCCGUCUGUUCAUCAUCAAGCAUCCUCCAACCCGUUCGCCGGUUCGUACAUGCCGGCAGCCAGCAACGGAACUGGGAUGAUGUAGAGAUGCUUGUUUGACAUAUUCUUUUUCUGUUUUGCCGUUGUGACUUUUUAUGAGAAUUAGAAAGAAAUGUCGUUGUAUAGUCAAGACAAAACCUUGGAGCUUAGAGCUCUUCUAAA